CACACGGCUCUGACAUUAUCUUCAGACGCUCCCAACACAACAAGCGGACCGACGUGAGUUUCACCGUGGCUCCGGUCUGCGUCGCAGUCUGAGGAGAAUGGCCUUCAUCAAAGUGACACCGGUUAGAAAACGCAGAUUUGUGUGAUGUUCUUUUAUCUGCCCGUACCGCUGACCUAACUGUCCACAGUGAGCAGGAGACAUGUCCAAUACAGGCUCCGAGUGUCCAGGUGAGCUCUCGGCCUUCACGCGUCAAGAUUUACAUCCACUUGCGCAUUGUGACUUUCAUGUUUGUGUUGGCUCUGACUGUCCCCCUGCAGAUCAGCUCCCACUUGUCUACGCCCUGAGUGGUGUUCUCUCGGCCACCGUCCUGGUGUUCAUGCUGCUGGGGCUCAUGUGUCUCAUGAAGUAUCGCUCUUUGCGCCUGACCAUUCGAGACCUACGGAGGAGCAGAUUUCUGCUGGGUGGCAUGCCCCACUUGGAGGCUGCCACCACGCCCGUGAGGGCGCCCCACGAAGAGCAGCCUCAGGAGGAGGAGGAGGUGGAUGAGCCUCCGGCCCAAGCGCCCCAGCCGCAGGCCACCAAUGUCAGAUUGUCGUCCAAGAGGCUGUGGAAAGGCUUGCAGCAGGAUCCGCGGUUCACCAAGGCCGACCUGAACCUGCUGCAGCUGAUCAAAGCGGGGAAGGAAGGCGUCUUCUACCAAGCAAGGAUGAACAGGGGGACGUGCAAAGGCCACAACCUGUUCACCUGCAAGAUCAGCAAGGAGGGCGUCCGUCUGAAACACGUAGACAUGGAGGUUUCCAUCAUGAAGAAACUGGUCCACCACAAGAACAUCCUCCAGAUACUGGACUGGAACACCGCUGUGGAGCCUUAUAUUCUGAUCAUGGAGUACGUGAGCUGCGGCACCCUGAGGACCUUCCUGCAGACCAACAGAGGCCACCUGAGCGCCGACCCCGAGCUGCAGAGCCUCCUCACCAUCGCUUCCUACCACAUCGCCCUGGCCAUGCAGCAUCUGCGCUCCAAAAUGAUCAUGCACUGUGACUUGGCUCUGAGGAACAUCAUGGUCAACAAGUUUCCCUGGGAGGUGAAAGUGGCAGAGUUCGGCCUGGCUCGAGACCUGACCCGCAUGACGAGCCGCCGCAGCAGCCGCUGGAGAAACCCACGGCAGCGUGUGCCCCUGCGCUGGUACCCCCCUGAGUACUUCAAGAACAACUACUACAGCUUCAUGGGGGACGUAUGGGCGUUUGGCAUCGUGCUGUGGGAGAUGCAAACCUUCGGUACCUUGCCAUACCCGAACCUGGAGACCUCAGAGGACGUGAUAUACCACAUCUGUAUAGGUCACAAGAACGCAAACCCUGAAGGCUGCAGACCAGAGAUGCUCCACAUCAUGCGAGAGUGCUGGCAGGAGCCGUACACGCUCAGGCCCUCGUUCUCAGACAUUGUCUGCAUGCUGGAGAACAUAAUGGAGGACGAUGCGGAUUACGUGGAUGUGGACAGUCCAAAGCAUUUGGUGAAAGAAGAGGCCGAAUACCACGAACCCAAAUGUAUACGAGAAGCCAGCGUCAACCUGGAAAAUAGAAAUCCCACAUAGUACACGCUCUCUUGCCGGUUCAUUAGGUACCCUAGUGAAGAAACAAACACAUUCUGGUAUCGUUAAAUCUCCACUUCAUUUUUUAUAUAUAUGUUAUAUUUUUUUAUAUAUUUUAUUCACUCAUUGUAGGCUUUUAUUGGCUUGGGACAUGCCUUUGAAGAGAAGUCACAUGUAUAGUAAGAGUAUAAUAAUAACAAUGCACUUGGCUGUAAAAACAAACUAAAUAUUUCUACUUCAUCUUGUAUCCAUCUUAUAUCUAACCAUCUAAAUGUGGUUCACUUGGAUGGGCAGCAGAAAAGCUCUGUGUACAGUUAUUUCAUGUUUUGUCUUUCUGUUUGUAUUUUCUAUAUUGUAGAUUAAUGCUGUAUCAACAUCGAAACUGUGAAGGAAUACAAACUGAAUGAUGCGAUAAAAGUGUUAAACAAACUAGA